AUGGCUCUUAGAGGCAAGUUCAAGUUAUUCCCCAUUGAAUUUUACGAAGAUCGCAUCCGAACUAUUCUGACAUCAGACGCACCUAGUGUAGACCAGUGGAUUGAUGAUAUUUAUCACGACAUAGGUCACAAUAAGUCUAUUGUGGGUCUUGAUACUGAAUGGCAAUGGAACCCUGAAACUCAAUAUCAAGAAGUUGCAGUUCUUCAACUUUGUGUAGGUCAUAAUUGCCUAAUUUAUCAACUGUCCCAAUCAAAAAGCAUUCCGCAAUCGCUCAUCAAAUUCCUCGGUGAUGAAAACCUGACCUUUGUUGGUAAGGAAGUUUGUGGGGAUGUCGCUCGUUUGGCUCGUCAAGGUCUAUAUGUAAAAUGUGCUAUGGAUGUCGCAUAUAUGGCUGCAGAGAAAUACGAACGUAUGGCUGCAGAAAAAUACAAAGAAGAUAUCUACAAAGACUACAAGUCCAUGGGAUUGAAGACCUUGGCGAUGGAGUUUCUAAACAAGGAGAUGGAGAAGGAUAAGAAACUUACAAGGAGUCGUUGGGGUAAUGAACGACUCACUUACUAUCAAGUGAAAUAUGCUUGCAUAGAUGCUUUUGUUUCGUUUCAACUAGGAAUCAGAUUACAAACGCCCUACUCAAGUGAAGAAAGAGCGAAAUGUAUCGCCGAGACAAAGAAGUUUUGCAUGAAUGCAUUUUCAUCAAGAAAGUCCAACCGCAAGAAAAAUCACAUUAAGAAAUUACAAGAGGAAUUAUUAGCUGGUAUUGGGGAUUUCAGCAAAAUUGUACCAACGGGCUGGGACGUUUAA